GAACGCAAUUGGUUAGAGCACGGCCCCUCUCUCGGCAGUCGGGUCCUCGUGUCAGUGCACAGUCUGUGUGUGGUACAGCGAGCGCGCGGCGGAGGAGCUGGGUAUACCCAACGGCAGAGCUCGUGGUAUAUUUCACAACGGCCGACAUUUUAAAAAAAUUAACCCGUUUUUUUUUUUUUUUUACACCGAAUAAUAAUCUUUGGACUUACUGGAAGAUUCGCGUACCACUACUGGAUUUAACAUAGGCUUUCUUUUGAAGUUGUCUGCGGUCGACAACUCGUCCCAGUCGAGGGGUUUCCAACGUCCGACCGGACGGAGAGAGAGAAAGAGAGAGAGAGAGACGCUCUCCGCGUCGGGAUCACCGGGGUUUUUUUUAAGGACUCUCAAGAGGGGGUUGCAAAGAAGUAGAGAAGUGUUGUGACGGACAUUUUCCGCCCUCAUCUACUCCUCUGUGGUGACGGUUACAAGUCAAAGGAUAUUAAAGCUUUGUGUCUGGAUCCUACGUUUGUACCUGUACAAGAAGAGAGAGAGAGAGAGAGAGGAGGAGGAAUCAGUCCAGACAAAAGGUACAAAAGGUGACACAUCCAGCGGUUGCUUGGUUGGUCGGGGGGGGGUCUGAGUGCGCGCCUCGCAGCCGAGAACAGGGCUUUGUCCGCCGCCAUCCUGCGUAUACAGGGGAGGGGGUGGCGGUGAUACAUACCGCACCUUCACUGGGAUUAAGAGAGAGAGAGAGAGCACGCCGAAUUCCCCCUGUGGAAAGGACGCGACAUGUAUCCACAAGGCCGGCAUCCGGCACCUCACCAGCCAGGCCAGCCUGGCUUCAAGUUCACCGUGGCAGAGUCCUGUGAUAGGAUCAAAGACGAAUUUCAGUUCCUGCAGGCCCAGUACCACAGUCUCAAAGUGGAGUACGACAAACUGGCCAAUGAAAAGACAGAGAUGCAGCGUCACUACGUCAUGUACUAUGAGAUGUCCUAUGGGCUCAACAUCGAGAUGCACAAACAGACUGAAAUUGCCAAACGUCUCAAUGCUAUUCUGGCUCAGAUCAUGCCAUUCUUGUCACAAGAGCAUCAACAGCAGGUGGCUCAGGCUGUUGAGCGAGCCAAGCAGGUGACAAUGAGCGAGCUGAAUGCUAUCAUCGGGGUACGUGGACUUCCCAAUCUGCCUCUGACUCAGCAGCAGCAGCCACCUCAUAGUGUCUACCCAGCAUUCAUGCAGCAGCAGCUUCAGGCUCAGCACCUCUCUCACGCGGCCCAUGGCCCACCGGUCCAGCUGCCCCCGCACCCUUCUGGCCUGCAGCCGCCCGGCAUCCCCCCUGUGACGGGCGCUGGCUCCGGCCUCCUGGCUCUGGGCGCUCUUGGCAGCCAGGCCCACCUGCCUGUAAAGGAUGAGAAGAAUCACCACGACCUGGAGCACAGAGGCCCCUCAUUGUUUCACUCGCCCCUGGCCAUUCCUCUGAAAGAACGCGAGUCGAGCACGAAUAACUCCGUGUCGCCAUCAGACAGCCUGCGGGCGGCGAGCGAGAAGCACCGCGGCUCUUCAGAUUACGGCCUCGACUCCAAGAAACGCAAAGUGGACGACAAAGACAGCAUGAGCAGAUAUGACAGUGACGGAGACAAAAGUGACGACUUGGUGGUGGAUGUUUCCAAUGAGGAUCCGGCCACCCCUCGAGUCAGCCCCGCUCACUCUCCCCCAGAAAACGGCCUGGACAAGUCACGAGUCCUGAAGAAGGAUGCUGCCCCCAACAGCCCCGCCUCUGUCGCCUCCUCGGGCAGCACGCCAUCCUCCAAAGCGAAGGAUCACGCCCAUAACGACAAGUCGUCCACGCCGAGCCUCAAGUCCAACACGCCGACACCAAGAAACGAGGCUCCAACACCGGGAACCAGCACCACUCCAGGACUGAGGCCUCUCACGAUGGGCAAACCACCCGGCAUGGAAGCAUUAGCCGCCCCCGCCCUGCGCACACCUCUGUCCAUCGCGGGUUCCUACGCCAGCCCGUUUGCCAUGAUGGGUCAUCAUGAGAUGAACGGAUCCCUGACCAGCCCGGGCGUCUACCCGGGUCUCAUCUCACCGCAGAUGAGCGCUGCAGCUGCUGCUGCCUACGGACGCUCACCGAUUGCGGGGUUUGACCCUCAUCCUCACAUGAGAGCUCCAGGCCUGCCAGCCAGCCUCACGUCCAUUUCUGGAGGGAAACCAGCGUAUUCUUUUCACGUUAGUGCGGAUGGUCAGAUGCAGCCCGUGCCCUUCCCUCCAGAUGCACUGAUAGGCCCGGGCAUCCCACGCCACGCCCGCCAGAUCAACACGCUGAGCCACGGGGAGGUGGUGUGCGCCGUCACCAUCAGCAACCCCACGCGUCACGUCUACACCGGGGGCAAAGGUUGCGUCAAGAUCUGGGACAUCAGCCAACCGGGCAGCAAGAGCCCAGUGUCCCAACUCGACUGCCUGAACAGGGACAAUUACAUCCGCUCCUGCAAGCUGUUGCCUGACGGCCGCACCCUGAUAGUGGGUGGUGAGGCCAGCACGCUGACCAUCUGGGACCUGGCCUCACAGACGCCCCGCAUAAAGGCCGAGCUCACUUCCUCUGCUCCAGCCUGCUACGCGCUGGCCAUAAGCCCCGACGCCAAGGUCUGCUUCUCCUGCUGCUCGGAUGGAAACAUCGCCGUGUGGGACCUCCAUAACCAGACUCUCGUCAGGCAGUUCCAGGGCCACACAGACGGAGCCAGCUGUAUCGACAUCUCCCACGAUGGAACCAAACUGUGGACCGGAGGGCUCGACAACACCGUGCGCUCCUGGGAUUUGAGGGAGGGACGGCAGCUCCAGCAACACGACUUUACCUCACAGAUCUUCUCGCUGGGCUACUGUCCCACUGGAGAGUGGCUGGCUGUGGGCAUGGAGAGCAGCAACGUGGAGGUGCUUCACCACACCAAGCCCGACAAGUAUCAGCUGCACCUGCAUGAAAGCUGCGUUCUCUCGCUCAAGUUCGCCUACUGUGGUAAAUGGUUUGUGAGCACAGGGAAGGACAAUCUGCUGAAUGCAUGGAGGACUCCGUAUGGUGCCAGCAUAUUCCAGUCGAAGGAGUCGUCCUCCGUCCUGAGCUGCGACAUCUCAGCAGACGACAAAUACAUUGUGACAGGAUCCGGUGACAAGAAGGCCACCGUGUACGAGGUCAUCUACUAAGACAGAAAGGAGGCUCCUGCUCUGCUUCAGCACUUCCAACCAGAUGACUUUUACUUUUCCUCCGCCGACCAUCUGUGGACCACAACGAGCUGAGACGGACUACCGUUUUUGGAAAACUUGUGGAAAUUUAUGGAGCUGUUGGCCUGAGGAAGCUUGUGCUGGAACAACGUUACCUUUCUUUUUUGGGCGGGGGGGAUUUUUGUGACUUUUUUUCUUGUUUUUUUUCUCCUCGAGAAUAUUUGGAUGUUGACCCGAUGAAGCGGCGCUUCAUUUCUGAGAACCUCGUUUCCCAGACGUCUUGUGAAAAGUGUACAUAUCGGAUUAAAUAAAAGACACAUUAUAUAUAUUAUAAAAAUAUAUAUAUAUAUUUUCA